AUGCAUCCCUAUUUUUUCCUCGCCCCCUUCUGCAUCCCCGUUGUGAGCGCGAUCUGGCCGCAGCCAGCCCGAAUCUCCACAGGCGACAAGGUCUUGUGGCUAGAUCCAGCCAUCAAGGCUACAUUACGCUGCGACGGAGAAGAGUUUGUGGUAUAUGAUCACUAUCAUGGCCUGGGUGACACGUCGUUGCUGGGUCUCGCGAAUUAUGCGUUUCAAUCCGCGCAAACACUCUUUGCCCAGUUUCACGCAUUCGACAAGGACACGAGCUCCGAAGAAACCAAGCACACCCUAACAGAAGCAUUGAUCGCACAAAAUGCUGUACAAGAGACACUCAGAUCGAUGCGAGAUACCAGAUUUGUCCCCUGGAAACUUCAUUCACGGCACUCUACCUUUGAACCUGACGCAACAGCACCCCGCCAUUACCUGUCCAGCCUGCAGAUACAACAGCGGCACUGUCCAAGCACACGGGGAUUCGAAUCGAAACCGUAUUUUACUGGGGAUGAAUCUUACCAGAUCAUCAUUGACAAUGGAACAGCGACCAUUCGGUCUAAUGACACCAUUGGCACACUAUGGGGACUCCAGACCUUGAAGCAGCUGUUCUAUGCGCAUUCCAGCCGUUCCGGAUCAUAUAUGGCGAACGCACCUUUCAGUGUGAUCGAUGGACCGAGAUGGCGCUACCGAGGAUUGAGUGUCGAUAUAGCUCGCAACCCUAUCCAACCUCAAGACCUGAGGCGGACAAUUGAUGCCAUGGCAAGGACGAAGAUGAAUCGAUUACAUAUCCACGCCACAGAUUCACAGAGCUGGCCACUCGAGAUCCCAUCACUUCCUGACCUGGCCAGAAAGGGAGCCUAUCAGCCACAUUUGGUCUGGACAACUUCCAGUCUCGAGGGGAUACAACUUUACGGCGCUUCGAAGGGAGUCUCUGUUUUUGUUGAGAUAGAUAUGCCGGGCCAUACAGCGUCUGUUGCUCAUGCAUAUCCCGAACUGGUAGCAGCCUACAACCAGCUGGAUUGGUCGACAUUUGCCGCGGAGCCACUCAGUGGCCAGCUCAAACUCAAUUCUUCCAAAGUAUCUGCCUUUGUAACUGAUUUACUCAACGAUAUUCUGCCUCGAACCAGUCGGUAUACUUCUUUGUACCAUAUCGGUGGCGACGAGGUCAACCGCGCUGCCUACCUCCUAGAUGAGACGGUAAACAGUGAUGAUCCAGAGGUGCUCCAGCCAUUGUUGCAGAGUUUCAUCGACACUGUGGUCGGUCUUGCCGUCCAACAUAGCCUUCAACCAGUUGUGUGGGAAGAAAUGCUCUUGGACUGGAAUCUAACCUUACCUUCAGCCACGGUCGACGGAUCCGUAGACACACUGAUCCAAGUGUGGCGCAACAGUGAACGAAUUGAGGAAGUGUUGAAGAAAGGCCAUCGAGCAAUAUUUGGAGACUACCAUCACUGGUACCUUGAUUGUGGCUUCGGUGGGUUCCUCAACCCCUAUCCGUCAGGCAAGUCACCACACGGCGUGCCAUACAACACAUCAGGAGGAUAUCCGACGCGGUUGAAGAAGCCAUAUCUUGAUUAUUGUAGUCCUUUUCACAAUUGGCGUCAAAUUUACACCUACAAUCCUCUGGAGAACAUCACCGCCGACCUACUGGCUAACAUUGAAGGCGGAGAGGUUCUCAUGUGGAGCGAGCAGACUGAUUUGGUUGACCUUGACUUCAAAUUAUGGCCUCGCGUGGCGGCCGCUGCAGAGGUGCUCUGGACCGGCGUGAGAAAUGAGACAAUGCUCGAAGACGCGUCCCGCAGACUGGGAGAAUGGAGGGAACGAGAGGUGACGGAUUUCGACAUGGGCAUGUCGCCGGUGCAAAUGACUUGGUGCCUGAUGGAGGGCGGAUGCAACUUAUAG